ACCAAAUACAAUCACCCUCCGCCAUUCCACCUUCGUUUUGCAAAUCCCUGCAGAGCGCAUCUCUUGCAGGACGAAUUGCGGUUGGUAAUUCAGCUGUAGUUGGGCGAAUUGGCCGGUCAGGGAGCGUUUCUAGACGAUGCGCUAGGAAAAGAAAAUCUCGACGACACAACUAUCAUUCUCCUCCUAGCCCAACAAACACAUAAGACAAACCAAGAACCAAAUCGCCCACCAUGCCCUCCAUCCUCAACAUAGCACACAUGUGCUCCCACCUCCAAAACGCAUCCAAAGCCCGCCUGGGCCUCACCUCCAUCCCCUCCAACAAGUACAACCUGCACCUCGCCCUCGCCCUCCACCGCUCCGGCUUCUUCUCCUCCGUCUACCGCGCCGGCCCGCACCCCCCUACCCCGGAGCAGAUGGUCGCCCAGGUCCCCGAGCCCGUCACAAACGCCACCGUCGCAAAGAUGCGCAUCUGGCUCGGCCUCAAGUACUGGGACGGACGGCCCGUCCUGUCGAAAGCUACUGUUAUUAGCAAGCCCUCGAGGCAGCUUACUGUAGAUGUUCAGGAGCUGGCUCGCCUUACGAGGGGGUUCCCGACGAAGCUCAAGGGAGGGGUUGUUAGUGGUUUGGGGGUGGGGGAGUGUAUGUUUGUGUCUACGUCGAGGGGUGUGCUUGAGGUUAGGGAGGCGUUGGCGAAGAAGGUUGGUGGUGUGCUCAUGUGCCGAGUAUCAUAGUCUCGCUCAAAUGGGACAACGACGAAUACGAAAAACGAAAAAAGGAGAAAAUAGACUGAAAAAGAAGAAAAGGCGUGGAGAUGGCUUCAAUGAUUAUGGUUGUGUAUAUAUAUUAACAUGUAUUGUCUCACAAAAGAGAGGGAGAGGGAGAGAGAAAGUACAUCUCACUGUAUGAAUAGAAUCAAUUACAAACAAGUAUGCAUGAUCAAAAUGGACGAGGAAUCCUGUUGCUCGUUGAUGAUGGCUUUGGCAAAAUAAAAAUGCAAUUUAUGCAUAUACUCCCAAGGUCCCAAAGAAAAAGAAAGUAUCACCAGUGGUCGCUAUAAACAGGUAUCUAAGGUAUCUUAAUAACUACAUCUCUCCUUUUCGACAGAGGGCCGCGGAGGCCUGUCCAAUAUUACAUAGACAAGGGGGGUUCGAUAUCAAACAAAAAGGACCAGAAAAAACACAUCUCCACCAAUGUCAAAACUUGACAAACGC